AUGGCAGCAUCACAGCAGCAGGAGCAGAAGCCAUCAUGGCUGAAACGACUCGUCGCACGUUCUGGUCUCAAGCUGAGCCUUCCUAUCAUUCUAUUGAUGUUCAAGUAUGUGGUUAUGGACCUCUUCGUCACGGCAAUCAUUUCUCAGAACUUUGUGACGUUGGGCGCCAUAGCUCCCACAGUCGGCGUGGCAAUAUACCAAGCAGAUGCUGUAUCAGAUCGCUACUCCACUAUCGGCUACCUCAUUCCUAUCAUGUCCUUGCUUGUCGUGCCGAUAAUGCCUCGAGCUAGAUUCAUCCAGGGUAUUUUUGUAACCUCGGUCUUUACUUGCUUCGCCGCUGCCAUUUCCCUCUUGUUCAUGUGGAUCUCGAUAAAAGCACGGGAGAAUACCACACAUAUCGACAGCGAGGCCAUGAGAGAUGGCCCUGUUCCUAGGGCACAGAUUGUUUCCUACAACGCUGCUGCUAGCGCAAACCAGGGGAUUUGGUUUUUCUUCUGGCUCUGGGCCUACAACACCUUCCGAGCUUUUCGACCACAGUACUUUCUUCCACUCAUCGUCUUUGGAAUCUACCUAAAUGUCACCGCCACCUAUGGUUGUAUUUUCCCAACCAUUACUCAAGUCUACUCAUUAACGACGCUAUUACUCGAGGUCUUCUUUAUCGGCUUUGGAAUGGCCACCGCCGCACACUUUGCCUUCCUCCCCAUCACCACAAGAGAUCUUGUGACCCUGGUCCUGAAUGAAUAUCUACAUGGUCUUAAAGCUGUCUUUGACGCUCAACGAAAAUUCAUCGAAUCGGUGCCGCAUAGAGAAUGGCAAAAUCGUCAAGCCGUGAGCAGCAGCGGCGAAAGUCAGAAUAGCGGCGGACAUAGCACGAGAGUUGAAUCCUGGCCCGAGGCUGACGCGUGGAAAGCAGCUACGAUAAAGGUUACCGAAGCUCAAGUCAAAAUUCACGCGGAAAUGCCAUACGUCAAGCGAGAAACCUGCUGGGGAAAGCUACGAUCUAGUGACUUUGUCUGCAUCAUGCGGCUUUUGAAAAACAUCCUGGUCCCCAUCACUGGUCUUGAGACCAUCAUUCAAAUCACCGACAGUGUUGAGAGUCGCGGCGGGUGGGGCUCAAUCUCGUCUAAUCGUGACAGUACAACUACGAUCACAGAUGACCCUGAGGCUGCGUUAAUGAGCGAAGAAGAGCUGUGGAAAUGGAUCUUCCAACAAAUUCAAGAGCCCUCUCGACAACUCUGGCAGGCAAUGCUGGAAGGCAUAGACUAUUCUCUGUUUACUUUGGGAUUCACCAAGAAACCCGCCUUCAUGACCAAAGAGGAACUUGCUUCUCGGGGAGCUGACUUGCCCUCGGGCAAAAAGGGCUUCGCUGCUUAUCUGGAGGAUUCCAUGCAGAACUUUCUUGCAGCUCGUGAGGAGCCGUUGAAGAAGUGGUGCAAAUGGAAUGGAUUGGCACGAUCACCUGGUGUCAGCUCCAAGAGCCCACUUCUCCAGCGACACCAAACUCAGUUGUAUCUGAUUCUUGAUCUCGAAUACUGCCUCAUGGCUACGGCAAAGGGAGUACUCAACUUGGUUCAUUUUGCCGAUCGAAAAGUCGAGGAUGGCACCAUGGCGAAGAAGCGAUUCAUUCACCCAACGUGGAAACAACUAAAGAAGUGGUUCAUUUCUUUAUUCACCCGUGAUGACGGAAACCUCGAUUACCAGACAUACAGCUACCGCAGUGGCACACCAACCAUCUACCUUGGUGAUGCCCUUGGAGUUCAGCGAGAUCCUGAACAUUUGCCACCAGUCACCAAGUGGGAAAGAUUCACAGAUAAAAUCCGACUAAUUCCUCAACUUGUUGGAUCCAAGGAAUCGUGGUUUGGCUUCAAAGUGGCUGUUGGCACCUUUUUCAUCUCCAUCACCUGCUACCUGCGAAACUCCCAAGAAUUCUACAUCAAGCAGAGAAUCAUUUGGGGCGCCGUCAUGGUUGCUAUCAGCAUGACUCAAACGACAGCUUCUGGACUGUAUGGUCAAUUCGUCAGAAUAUUUGGCACAUUUCUCGCCAUGGUCUUUUCCUACAUCAACUGGUACAUUGUGGAUGGGCAUACAGCUGGUGUCAUUGUCUUCAUCGGCAUUACUUGUUUCCUGUACCAUUACCUUCUGGUCACAAGACCAGACGACCCUGUAAUACCCAUGAUUGGAACCAUCACACUGAUAUUGAUUUUGGCAUACGAGCUCCAAGUCAAGAAAGUCGGAAUUGCCAUUUCCACACGCAACGGCCAGGUAUUCCAUCCCGUCUACGAACUGGCUCCGUAUCGACUGGCAGCCGUGUUGGGCGGUGUGGGAAUCGCAUGUUUUUUGAGUUAUUUCCCAACUGUCAACACAUCCAGAGCCGAGAUGCGCAAGGAUUUGGGCGCAACUCAAUACUUGCUCGGCCACUACUACAGCUCCACUCACAAAGCCGUGUCUCUACGACUGAAGGAUCUAGGAGGUGACGAGGCGGACAAAAACAGUCCCAUUCGAAAACUUGAAAAGGCACGGAGCAAACUAUUCGCAAAACAGCUUAUCCUCAUCCAAAGCAUGGAGAAUCACCUCAAAUUCAUCCGAUAUGAACCCACUUUCGGAGGACGAUUUCCUCGAGAGACGUACGAACGGCUAUUACAUGCCACCCAAAACAUCCUCCGCUCCACAGCGAUGAUCGCAUUCGUGACCAAAACCUUCCGCGAACUUCCCGAAGAUGUACACAUCCCCACCAGCGGCGGCGACGACUUCCCUUCCAACACCACCGACGACACAGCCAACGGCACAGGCACCACCAAUACGACAUGGGCCAAAGAUUUCCGCGAGGUAAUCUCCACGUUACAACUGGCCUCUCACGGCGUGACAUCUCUUCUCGCCAUCCUAUCCGGCUCCAUCACACACGGACGACCCGUGCCACCAUAUCUGCGUGAACCCGAUCCCUACGACCUCGGCGGUCUGAUGGAAGGAUUAGAUACGGAAAUCCUGAAUACCGUUCAUGUUUGUGAACCGGGAUAUUCGGCUUUCGCCGUCAUGCAGCUCAGUACAACCAUGUUACAUGAACAUCUGGCUGUUCUGCUGGCGGACACGAAGUUGUUGGUGGGUGAGGCGGAUUUUGAUCUUGAUGUUGUCAAGGAGGAUUAUGAGAAGUCGGUCGGCUUAGCGGGUGUGGUGCCCCACCAGGGUCAGAAUCGGUCGUCGAUUAAAGCGGAAUGAUGCAGAUACAGAUACUCAACAGCAAUUACUGGAAGGUGGAGCAAGAGCAAGAGCAAGAGCAAGCCAAGCAUACCAAAAAAGAAGAAGAAAAAAGGAAUUGAAAGAGAUUGAUGUGACAUCUUUUUCUAGCUUUCUUGGUUUAAUAUCGGGAUGGAUCAAUGUGGUCUCGGUCUCGAUUCUUGGAGGAGAAGAAUGGGACCGAGUCUUACAGAUUGGCAGACCAGACUGCUUACAGCAAAGCG